UUGCGCAUGCGCCCGAGCCUUUCCAUCGCUAAGACGACGCUUGUGGCGGUCUCCUAGGUCCAUAUGGAACAUUCCAUACAAACACACAUCAUUUAUACCCUCCGUGGACGCUAAAGUGGCUGAAAAUUCAUCGGCGUGACUAUUUAGCGUCGCUACAACAUGUCUUCCACCGGGGACAUUUUCCCCCGAGGUAAUCCGCUUUGGACGCCUUAUUUCGUCCGGGAUAUGAGAGCGAUUAAGUAGCAGUGCAUUGGGUUGGCGCCAUGAAGAAAUUAUUCAGUUUUUCCAAGAGGAAACAGUCCCCAUCGGGAACUCCCGACCCAGGGAACGUUCUCUCUGUCGGCUACGAAGUGAAAGAAAAGGACCUGGGAAAGUUGCACAAGGCUGCCUGGAAGGGAGAUGUGUCCAAGCUGGAGCAUCUUGUCAAAAACAAUGAUGUCAAUCAGGUCGAUAAGCAGAAUAGGACAGCACUACACAUUGCGUGUGCCAGUGGAAAUUAUGAGGUGGUAAAAUUCCUUGUGGAGAAAAAAGCCAAGCUCAACUUAAGUGACAAUCAAAACAGAACUCCCUUAAUGAAGGCAGUGCAAGGGCAGCAUGAUGUCAUUGUGAACAUCCUGCUGGAAAACCAUGCUGAGCCCAACCUGGUGGACAUGAAUGGCAACACAGCUUUACACUUAGCAUCAAGCAUCCCCUCCAUCUCCAUUGUUGAUAUCCUCCAGAAGUAUGACGCUGACAUCAACGUCCACAAUAAGGAGGGCCUUUCACCCCUGACGCUGUCAGUCCAAGAAGACUACCUGGAUGUGGCGGAGUUUCUGCUGAAGAAAGGCGCUGAUGUCAAUACUUUUGACAAAGACCAAAGGUCACCAUUAAUGAUCGCAGCUGGCAAUGGACAAAUCAGCAUGGUGCGAAUGCUGCUGCAGUUCGACGCAGAUAUUACACUUGAGGAUAGCAAAGGACAAUUAGCAGAGGACUACGCAGCGAUGGAAAGCCAUCAUCCUUGUGCCCUCCUCAUUGCCGAGCACUAUGCCAAAAGGAACCAGGGGGCCUCCCCAUCUCACCCAGGUCCAAGUAAAAAGAAGACGAAAGCAGAGGGGGGCAAUCCUUCCCGAGGCCUCAACACUGGUCUCUCUGUUGGAGGACCAGCCACGGACAAAGAUGAUUUCGAGGACAAUUCUCAGGCUGAGUCGCUAAGCCGUAUCUCCAAAAAAUGCGGCACUGAAGAAUGGGCUUCCUCUGAGGAUGACUGUGAAUCACUCAUAGUGGAAAAGACCCCACCAAAGAUGAACCUCAGGAAAAUGCUUGAAUCCCAACGAGGAAAAGCCUUUGCAGUGCUUGACAAAUCCGUGAGUGGUUCAGAAUCUGAGAGUGACAAUAGCGCCCCGAGAGUCGCAAGCAGUAAACCCCCAGUAGAACCCUCACCUCUUCCUUUCCUUUCCCAAGCCUCCCAGAUGACCUCUACCCCUCUCCCAACCUACUCAAAGGCACAAGAAUCCAGUGAUGCUGAGAGUAAGGAUAGCGACAAAGAAGAGGAUGGGGAGGAGGUGGAGGAAGAACAAGAACAGGAGGAGGAAGAGGAUUUAUCAGGUGAUGAGCCUGAAGAGAGCGGUGGUCUCCUGCAUGGUACGCCAGGUGUUCCUAAAGACAUGAAAAAAGUUUCGGGCCUAGAGAAGGAAGACGAAGAUUCUUGGGAUUCUGAGCAUGAAGACCACAGUGAAGACAAACUAAGCGUGAAAGCAGAGAAUCAAGAUGAGACACCUGACAUUGGAGACACAUUAGAAGAAGGUCUUCGUUCUCCUGCGGCCAAACAUAAAGACGACGAUAACGGGAGUGUUCAGAUGGUGGGUGGCACACAAAAAGAGAGUGAAAAUACCAAAUGGGGACUGCUUUUGAGCAAAUGUGAAGGAAAAUUCAACGAAAAGACAGCAGACUUGAUGGAAGAACUUGGUUUGGGAGACUUCGACUAUGCUGAAGAUGGGUCCGAGUGGGAUACAUCCAGCAAUGCCAGUAAGAGGAGUUUCCCAGGAUACACCGAGACACGCCCAGCUCCAAAGGAAGUCCCAGAAUGCAUCAGUAAGGAGGAAGAAGUGGGACCCAAAGCGGCCAUUACUACACUGAGGAAAGUUGGCACUGAUGAGAAACAGGCUCCUCAUCCCCAACCUCGUACAAAGAAAAUGGGGCUUCAAGAGAGCGACAAAUUAGACCGUUCAGCUUCACCAUGCAAUGAGGCCAAAAUCGACAAUCACCAACCUCAGGCAGCAGUUAUAGCAAACUUCCCUGUACUUUUAACAAGUGGCAGCAAACACCCAUUGCAGUCUGAUGAGCAGCAACAGCAGGAGAAAGAUGAUGUAUUAGAGUCCUGUGAUCCACACACAACUGCCUAUAUGGCUCCUGAUGGUGGAGACAACAGUAGCGAUGUUAGAAAUCAGAAGAGUGCAGAGGCGAGGUCUAAUGAUGUUGCUCUACUGGAGACGCAGAAUGAGAAUCUUUGGGAAGAAUUGGAGCAAAAGGAAGUUAAACCCACCUUCGGUAGAGCUGCUGACAGUUUAAAGGAGACCAAGGCUAACUUACCUGAAGAGUCAAGUGAUGAGGAGGACGGGAAGGUGAUUUUACGGCCCAAUGCUAGAGCAAGAAGGCUGGUUCGCCUCUCAGUGCCCAAACAUGAGGAGUCCGGAUCGCAAGAUUCAGAGGCUGCUGACAACUCCCAGAGCGAGGAGAAGAUGCCAGAAGAAGAACCCAUCCUCUGUGAGACACCACAAGCCCUCGCAGCAAAAGAACUCUCUAUUGCCAUAUCUGAUGGUGCCAGACAUGGACCGUGUCACAAUCUUAAUCCAGAAGAACCUGAGAGGAGCCGCACCACCUCUAAUAAGAACCCCAAAGAACUUCCCAAGUCUAAACAUUUAUGGCCCAGCAGACUUUCAGCAUCAUCCUUGGUUGUUUCUGAUGAAGACUCUAAAGAAGACAUGUUUAAGCACAGGGGUGAUGAGGACUGUCUGGAGGGACAUGAAGGAAAACUCCAAAAAGAGGUUGACCAAGUUACUUACAAGGCUGCUGUUUCAAUGAAGAACAUCAGUGAUUAUAGUGACACAGGCGGAAGAGCAUUAAAGGAACACUCCAAUAAGAAGCCUGAGACCAGCAGCAGCAGGCCUCUGGUGGAAUCACAACUCUCACUCAAAGCAGAAGAAAAGACCGUAGAGAAGACCUCGCUGCCAACAGCAGUUGGCAAGGCCUGUGGAACUCCUCAGACCGAAGCCAGACAGCUCUCUUUGUUUGAUGACAGCACUUUGAGUGACGUGACGGACGAUGAAGAAAGGUGCCAAACAGGAGAAGAGAAGAAAAAACAGAAUCUCAAAGAAGUGAAGGUGUCCGAAGAUAUGGAUGAGCUCAAUUCGUCGUCUGACAUGACCACGGAUGACUCUGACUUUUCCCAUUCAGGCCAUGGAUGUGGCUCCCUCUUCAUCCAGAACCUGGACUCAGUCACUACAGACUCCAGAAGUAUGGUGAAGCUGCAGAACAUUUUCCACAAAUAUGAGCGCUCCAUUCAGAAAGCCAAAAGCCGCCACGCUUACUUUGCGGACAAGGUGAGCCUCCUGGAAACCGAAAAGGUGCAGCUGAGAAGCUCGCUGGACGAGGUCAAGGAUGUUAAAUCUACCCUAGAGCGAAACCAGCUAGAGUUGCAGACCGAAGUUACAAACCUCAGGUUCCAGCUAAAACAGGAGCAGGAAAACAGCCGUAAUGCCAACAUGAUGUUCAGCACCACCGGGGAUAAGCUGAGGAGGACGGAGGAGCAGCGACAGUUGGAGGUUCAGGAGAAGCAGAAAGUGGAGCUCACUCUCAGGAACCUGGAAUUGGAGAUGCGAAUACUGCUCAACUUCAAGAAACAGCUAGAGGAGGACCAGAGUCAGACCCAGACGCUGUUGGCUCAGGAGCGCAGCGCACGGACCGUGCUGGAGAAUCUGCUCAACAGUCAUGUGCGCAAGAAGCAGGAGAUAGAAGAGGAGAACAAGAGGAACAUAAACAAGAGUAGUGAGGCCUUGUCUCAGCUCACAGAGGCCAGCGACAGAGAGCGUGAGCUGCUCCAGCAGAUUUCUAUAUUUAAGGAGCAGCUGAGCACCCUCAAAACAGACCUUGAAAAUUCCCAGGCCAGCAGCAGCAUCAAGCAGCGAGACCUUCAGGAGGAGAAUAAUGCCGUCAAGGAGCAACUGGACGAGGCUCGGCGAGCUCUCCGAGUCAACAAUGACACCCUGAACCAAACCAUCUUGGACUUCAACAACCAAAUGGCUGCCUUGAAGUCCGAGUUGACCAUGACUGCGAACCGCCUGGACAAUGAGCGCCAGACCCGUGAGACGAUGGCAGUGGAGUUGGAGUCAGUCCGCACCCGUCUGACCGUGGCUCUGCAGGAGGCAAAGCGUUGCAUGGCAGCUCAGUCAGACACAGAGAAAAGUCUACUCCGGGAGAAAGAAGAACAUCAUCGUCUUAAAGACAGGCUCUCAAGCGACACUUCCAGCCAGCAUGAGGCAGUCAGCAGCCUCUCUCAGAAGCUGGCAAAGGCAGAGGCGCGCGCAAACAGCACGGAGAACCAGGCCCAUCAGGCCACGAUGCAGCUGACGGAGAAAAACCUUGUGCUGAACACCAUGCAACGUGAAAAUGACCAGAUAGCUGCACGGGUCAAAGAGCUGGAGGCCGCUCUGCGCGCCGAAAAGGAGUUGGUGACGCGGGCCGCAGCGCGCCAAGAGGCCACACAGGAGCGCUUAGCCCAAGCCCAAAGUGAAGGCAUGUUGCUACGGCAACAGCUGGAAGAGGCCCAAAAUAAAGGUGUCGCAAAGGAUAAUGCGGUAACAGACGCCCAGAAAAGUUUCACUGACACUUUGUCCAAGCUUCGUUCCGACUGUGAGGAGAGGAUACACCUAGUGCAGGACAGGAAUCAGGACCUGGCCGCGAAGGCUGCCGAGCUUCGAGAACGCAUUCACCAAUUAGAGGAGGAGAAAAAUGAAAGAGAAGCUAAUCACAGACAGGUGCAGCAAGACUUGGCUGACUCGUUAAAGAAGCUGUCAAUGUGCGAAGCUUCUCUGGAGAUCAACACAAGAUACCGCAACGACUUGGAGGAAGAGAAGAAUCGGCUCCUCAAAGACGUGGACAAGCUUAAAGGAAAGCUGGAGGAAAGAGAGGGGCAGUGUUUACAAGCAGAGAGACAAACAAACGAGGUAAGGGUUCGUCUGGACGAAAGAGAGAAUGAACUUGGUGCCGCUGCUCAGAAGCAGCAGGAGGCGCUGUCUGCUGCCGCCGCCUCCGAUACCACUGUCAAACAGCUGGAAGAGGCCAUGCAAAGGCUGGAGAUCGAGAACGUCAGGCUAGAGGCUGCUGCAAAGCAACAGUCCAACAAACUGGAAGCACUUCAGAAAUGCUCUCAGGAGGAUGCAAAGGUCAGAGAUCAUCUGGAGGGUUUAGUAACAAACCUCCAAAGUAGUAAAAUGGCACUGGAAGACCAACUCAGUAAAGAGGUGCAGAAGCAAAGCGUACUAUCAAACAGCGCCCAAGACACUCAGGCCAUGUGGGAGGAUGAGCUGAAGAGCCGCUCUAAGCUAGGACUGCGUCUAGCCGAGCUUGAAAGGGAGAAAGGAGAACUGGGCAGCCAGGUGGAAAUAGAAAGGAAGAAAGCCAAGAAAGCAGCAGAGCAGAAGAACGCAGUCGACUCUCGUCUGGAACAAGAGAUGGAGAGAAACACGGCGCUUCAAAAGGAGAUGUACAGGAUACGAACUCUCCUGAAGACUGCUAAGAAGAUGCUGCGGGAUCAGGACAGAGGCGCAGGGGCUGACUUUUCCUCUCCAAUGAGCAGUCUCAAGAUGGAGCUGGGAAGACACAGCCGGGCGGAUAGAUCUUUUGAAGGGAGGAGGGAAAAAGUGAAUGACCUGCAGGGGGAGCUAAAGAGGGGCGCGUACCAAGGCCCCCACCUGGACAGGAGGCUGCUGGAAGAGGAGGUGCAAAACCUUAAACGCAGAGUUGAGUCCUCCCAGGUAGAGCAGAGGGAGAUAGAGCAAUAUCGCCAUGAGAUAGAGGAGAAGGCCCGACAGGAAAUAAAAGAGAAACUACAAGAAGUCAACCUCUUCUUGCAGUCCCAAGCGGCAACCCAGGAGGCAGAGAACCAGAUUAAAGCAGCCAAUGAAGCCAGCCUGUGCUUAAAGAUCCAAGAGCUAGAGAGUGAGCUGAACCGAACCAGAACCGUCCAACAUGACACGCUCAACCAGAGGGAGUCCACGCUCACAGAGCUGGAACGAUACAAAGAACUGUACCGAGAGGAGCAGAUGCUGCGCAAGUCCCUGUGUGCUGAUCUACAGAGUACAAACCACCAGCUCACAGAAGCCAGUUCCAGGUUGGUGAACGACCACAGCAGGGCUUUCAUCGCCUCCCCAGGACCACUAGGGGGCGUGGUUCCCCUAGUUUCACCAGCCAGCACAUUGGGGGCGCCAUACAAGGGCUUUGCCUCAAGACUGCUCAGCACUUCAGUGGCUGAAGGACAGAGCAGCAGUGUGGAGGACUAUUUGGCCCAGAUGCAGCGUCAGUUGGACAGAAGUAUAUCCAGAGAGCUAAACAAAGCCUCAGCGGAACUUGACGUCUCCUUGGCCCGUAUGUCUCCAGUGGGCUCUGCCUCCAGGGUGGAGUUGGAUCCUGUUAGCAGAGCAAAGCAGCAGUACUUGGAGGUCCUGAAGAAGAACCAUGAGAUCUGAAGAACCACUAGAGACAGUCUCCCAGCAGUAGAACCUGGAGGUAGACAACGAACAGCCACAUUUUACCGGCACAAGUUGACUGACCUCAAAGGGGGUUGUUUAUAUACGAGCACAAUGCACUUAAGCACUCAGGAAGUGAUCACACUGAUCGGCCACACUCGCAGAUACACUCACACAAUCUGAUGGAAUCCAUAAGUAUCAGUCAUUAAGAUAUUAGAUUGAAGAUGUAUCUAGUGGCUGAUCAGUGCAUAUACGCUGCAGUGUGUACACAUAUUCUGUAUUGCUUUAUGAAAGGGAUUCCUAGCACAUUUUUGUCACUAUUCCUGUUUAAUCAGCAACACACAGUAUUCAGGGGUUUCAUUUCUAAUUCUGCUUUGAUUCAUUGACCCCGAAGUUCCACUGAAUGCCGGCCGGCUUCACCGCUGGAGGGUGCCGCCAUCUAACCGUCUAACAAUCCCCGUCGCGGUUCUGUCUAGCAGAGAAAUAGUGCGGCCUUUUACGAGAUCUGGCAAAUCCGCGCAUAAUCAUUCGAUAAGGGAAGUCAGCGUUUCCCCUUAUGUAAUUGAAUGUAGCGCACCGCCACACCUUGAAAACAUUUUUUUUUUGUACUUGAAGACAAAAUAAAGUAAUAUAAUGUAUUGUAGCUCACAGAAGGAAUUACACAAAGUCAAACACUAUUUUUAACUUUUAUUACCAAUCUUAUGAUAAUAAACAGCACAGUUCCAACAGGGUUUACCUCCCGCGCAAACACUUCCCCCGACACAGAACAACACUUCCUCAUUCUCCGCCAAUCACCUUUCAGGCACGGACGGUGUGUUUGCAAACAUGGGAAAAAGUGUAAAAUACAAUCCGCCUUGCAAAUGCGGAAUUUUAUUUUGAAAAUAAACCUGAUACUAUAUUUUGUGUCCGUGCAUAACUUCCUGUCCAGCACUAGCAGAUUUUAGCUGAAUUGUACGGAUUUGUUGCGGCAUAUAUUUAGUGCUAGAAUGCGGAACGGCAUGUCUGUGACGUUUAGCGGGUGGUGGAAAUUGACGUAUUGACUUGAAUAAAAACGGAAAGAGCCACGACUGUACCACAUUCAGUGGAAAUCCGGGAUUCCUCAAUAUAUAUUUAACCAUGUUUGGGACGUGCCAUCAAAUGGUGAAAUAUUGUUUACGGUAAAUGUGCGUUUUUAAAGGUACUUGUGAAAGUGUUGUGUUUUUUUGUAAAAACUAAACGAAAAUGCUGGGUUUUCAGCUGAGACUUAAACUUUUAUACAUUUUUGCACGACUGUCCAACCACAUGUUGUCUAUGCUGCUGGCUAAUGGAUUGAAGUAAAAAAAAAUACUGAUUAUAAUAAUGAUAUGGGAAUAAAGCAUCAUUAAGCAUACUGUACAUCAACAGAAGCCUGUAAAUAAAACUGUAAAACCACAAUCUUGAACUGACAAAGCCAAUAAAAUUAUUAUUUCGGUAUACUCA